AUUACAAAAUUUGAAAGAGAACAAUUACAUCACAGAUAGAGAAUAGAAUAUUCUGGAUGCGCAUAUAUAUAUUAUAAAUAAGUGUUGUUUAUAUAUUACAGAGAUUAAGUUGAUUUAUUGUUCAGAGUAAAAGAAGAUACAGAUGAAAUGGAAAAGACAGCAGUGUUAGAGAUAGAUGGAAUGACAUGUCAGAGUUGUGUGAAAAAUAUAAAGGCUGGUCUGGCUGAGGAGAAAGGAAUUUACAGUUUAGAGGUUAUUUUAGAGAAAAAAGAGGCUGUGAUAAAGUACAGUCCUACAGAAAUAUCACCACCCAUCAUUGCUGAAAAGAUUGAUGAAAUGGGUUUCCCAGCCAGAGUGAAAACUGUCCAUCCAGCUACUACAGAUGCCAGAGUAGACAACUCCGAAAAUAGCGUGGAAAUUAGUGUGAAGGGGAUGACCUGCAUGUCAUGUGUCAGGAAUAUAGAAAGUAGCAUAUCACGAGUAAAUGGAGUAAACCAGAUUUCUGUUUCAUUAGAAAACGAAAAAGCUACAGUCAUGUACGAUUCAGUGAAAAUAUCUCCAAAUCAGAUUGCAGAAGCAAUCGAUGAUAUGGGAUUUGAAGCAAAUGUUGUGAAACAGCCAAAAUCUUUAAUAACAAGAAUAACUGUUGAAGGAAUGACCUGUCAGUCUUGUGUUAGAAACAUUGAGUCAAACCUAAAAACCAAAGCUGGCGUUGAUGAGAUUAGAGUUUCUCUUGCUGACAAAGAAGCCUUUAUUAUUUAUAACCCAGACCAUACAAAUCCAGAGGUACUGAGAGAGGCUAUUGAUGACAUGGGUUUUGAUGCCUCUUUACCCAGACAGUCAUCUGUUGAUAAAGAAUUUGACCGUCUUGCAGAGAGAAGUUCAACACGAUCAGGAGGCCCGGAAUCUGAAUGUGAAAUUUCUAUCGUAGGCAUGACGUGUCAAUCAUGUGUAAGAAAUAUUGAAAGUAAUAUAAAGGAUAAAUCUGGGAUCUUUUCAAUCAGCGUCAGUCUAGAAAAAGAAAAUGGAAUGGUCAAGUACAACAAGCUAGUUACAACACCAGAGAGGAUAGCAGACAUGAUUGAUGAUAUGGGGUUUGAUGCCAAAGUAGCAGGGGAUACAGGGUCAGAUACUGAGACAGUCACAGUUGACAUCAGAGGAAUGACAUGUCAUUCAUGUGUCAAUAAUAUAGAGGGGAAUAUCUCAAAGAAUCCUGGGGUAAAGUCUAUCAAGGUGUCCCUGGCCGAUCAAAAUGGUGUAAUAGAAUACCUGAAGAACAGAGUCACCCCACAGAUGUUAUGUGAUGCUAUAGAUGAUAUGGGAUUUGAAGCCUCACUACCAGUAAUACACAAUGACUUAGAAGUACCUACAGUAACUAUUACUAGAUCUGCUAGUCAGGCCUCUAAACUCAGUGGUACUGGUAGUCUGAAGGUGGAUGUUUUAAAGGGAUCUGUGCAGUUUAAAAAGGGUGUAAAAGAUGAUGAUGAUGAUGAAGACUUGGAGAAAUGUUUUCUACAUAUUACAGGGAUGACAUGUUCAUCAUGUGUCAGUUCUAUAGAAAAAAAUCUCAAAAAAGUUGAAGGUAUAAAACAUGUGCUGGUAGCACUUAUGGCACAGAAAGCUGAAAUCAAAUAUGAUCCAGAAUAUAUAUUAUCCAAUCAGAUAGCUAACAGGGUCAAUGACCUUGGGUUCCAUGCCACUGUUAUGGAAUCAGAAUCCCUUGGAAAAGGCACGGUUGAGUUACUUAUAACUGGCAUGACAUGUUCGUCAUGUGUACACUUGAUAGAAUCUACACUGGUAAAGGAAAAGGGAGUUUUAACGGCUUCUGUUGCCUUGGCAACCAAUAAAGGAAGGUUUACCUUUGAUACAGAGAUCACAGGACCAAGAGACAUAAUAGACAAAAUUAAGGCAUUGGGAUUCAAUGCAGAUUUGUUUACUGAUGAUGAUAAAAAUGCUUCUAGAUAUGACCAUAGACAUGCAAUAAGGAGAUGGAGGAACUCAUUCUUAUGGUCGUUGAUAUUUGGUGUGCCAGCCAUGUCUAUAAUGAUGUACUUUAUGUUUGUGGAACCCCCUGACGAUGACCAUGCAGAUCAUAGCAAUAUAACGGGGAACAUGACAACACCUAAACCUAAAUAUAAUGGUCACAUGUACCAAAUAAUGUUGACACCUGGACUGUCGUUAGAUAACCUACUAAUGUUCUUAUUGGCAACACCUGUUCAGUUUCUUGGUGGUAAAUAUUUCUAUAUACAAGCUUGGAAAGCAGUCAAACAUAAAGCUGCUAACAUGGAUGUAUUGGUUGUCUUGGCAACAUCCAUAUCUUACACUUACUCCAUAAUAGUUGUCAUUGUUGCUAUGAUACUCCGUGAACCAAUGAGUCCUGUUACAUUUUUUGAGACAACGCCAAUGUUGAUGGUUUUCAUUUCUCUUGGAAGAUGGUUAGAACAUGUCGCAAAGGGUAAGACAUCAGAAGCUUUAGCCAAACUGAUGUCACUUCAAGCUUCAGAGGCUGUAUUAUGUGAGGUAGACAAAGAGAACAACAUCUUGAAGGAAUCCACAAUCAGUGUAGAUCUGGUCCAGAGAGGGGAUGUUUUAAAGGUUGUACCUGGUGAAAAGAUCCCAGUAGAUGCCAGAGUUAUAGAAGGAACAUCAACGUGUGAUGAAUCUCUGAUUACAGGAGAAGCUAUGCCUGUUGUUAAAACCACAGGUAGUGAUGUGAUAGGAGGCUCUAUUAACCAGAAUGGUAUGUUGUUAGUACAGGCCACACAUGUAGGAUCAGAAACCACUCUCUCACAGAUUGUCAAACUGGUGGAGGAGGCUCAGACAUCUAAAGCUCCAAUUCAACAGUUGGCAGACACCAUUGCUGGAUACUUUGUUCCUAUCGUCUGCUCUCUGUCGACCUUGACCUUGGUUGCCUGGGUGAUUGUGGGAUAUGAAAGUAUUUACAACAUUGAUCCUGAGUUUGAUGAGAAUGAGGGUAUCACAAGACAUGAACUGAUUUUCCAGAAAGCUUUCCAGUUUGCUAUCACUGUACUGAGUAUAGCCUGCCCAUGUGCCCUGGGACUGGCCACACCCACAGCUGUCAUGGUGGGCACUGGGGUAGGAGCUACAAAUGGAAUAUUAAUUAAGGGAGGAGAACCACUAGAGACAACACACAAGAUAAAGAGUAUUGUUUUUGACAAGACUGGGACAGUGACUCAUGGUGUACCUAAAGUAUCACGAGUUGCCAAGUUUGUUGAUGACAAAGUUUGCUCAUUAAUGAAGCUGUUAGCCAUCGCAGGAACAGCUGAAGCCAGCAGUGAACAUCCAAUAGCAUCAGCUAUUGUCAAAUAUACAAAACAGACAUUAAAUGCAGAUAACCUUGGUAAAGUCAGUGAUUUCCAAGCAGUUCCUGGAUGUGGCCUUAAAUGUACCGUAUCUCAGAUAGAACCUCUACUUACAAACUUAGAUCUAGAGCAAAUCAACAAUCGUAAAAAUGAAGUCGGGAGCCUCCGUAUCAAAACUGAAAAUGUUUUGAAUGAUGGCAAUACUGCUAUACAUAUAGAGGAUAUAGAACUUAUGGGAGCCUCAGCACCUCAGCCGUAUCAGGUGUUGAUUGGUAACAGAGAAUGGAUGCAGCGCAAUGGACUGAUCGUCACAGAUCUAAUGGACAACACCAUGUCAGAACAUGAAGAUCAGGGUCACACAGCUGUUUUAUGUGCAAUCGAUGGUAUUUUGGUAGCCAUGUUAGCUGUAGCAGAUACUGUGAAAUCAGAGGCCCACCUUGCCAUAACUACACUUAGGGAGAUGGGAUUACAAGUUAUCUUACUGACUGGGGAUAAUCAGAAAACAGCCAGGGCUAUUGCCAGACAGGUGGGAAUACAGAAAGUUUUUGCUGAGGUUUUACCAUCACACAAAGUGAAGAAAAUAAAACAGUUACAGAGCAGUGGUCAGAAAGUAGCAAUGGUUGGUGAUGGAGUGAACGACUCGCCAGCGCUAGCCCAGGCUGAUGUUGGUAUAGCUAUAGGUACAGGCACAGAUGUAGCAGUUGAAGCAGCUGAUAUUGUUCUUAUCAAGAAUGAUUUACUUGAUGUAGUGGCUGCCAUUAAAUUAUCCAAGAUGACAGUAAGAAGAAUCAGAAUCAAUUUUGUAGCUGCUUCUGUCUACAACCUAAUAGGGAUACCUAUAGCUGCAGGUGUGUUCUCACCACUUGGUUUGACCUUGAAACCUUGGAUGGCCUCUGCUGCCAUGGCAAUGUCCUCUGUCUCUGUUGUGACAUCAUCACUGCUUCUUAAAUUGUUUAAGAAGCCAAAGAAAGAGAAAUUGCUGACACAGGAAUAUCAUAUGCAAUUUGUCAAGGACCAGUCACUUGAAAUAUCAGUACAGAGAGGCAUAGGUUAUGAGGGAACCAGUAGAGAAGGAAGUACACAAGGGAGCUUACUCUCUCGACUCAGUGGAAAACGUAAACCUCAAUCAGUAGAUCACACCAGUCUGUUGGAAAACAAUGAAGAUGAUGAAGACUGUGAUCAAAAUACAAAGUUGUAAAAACUUCUUGUAAAAUAACUUUUUACAUGUUCAGAACUAGUGCUAAUUUAAGAUAUGUUAUAUUCUAUUUAUAUUUAUAUUAUGUACAUUCUCAAUGACUUAACAAAAAGAAUGUUUACUUUGACUGAAACUAAAGAUUGAGUAAACCUGUAGAUUUAUUGUAUUAAGAUUAUUUUCAUAUAUGUUUGUUUCUGGUGCUCAUUUGUUAUUUUUAUGUAAGUUUGAAAUCAGCAGUUCACUAAAUCCAGUUUAGUUUUAUUUUAAAAAGUUGUUCUCCUUAAAUCACACUUCUAACUAUCUAAUUAAAUUCAGAAUAUUAUGUCCUUGUUUAUAACUACAGCAAUAUUGAUAAUUAAAACUUGGCUGUUCACCUUUUUUUUUUAUGUUGGAUGUUUAUUCCAGAUAUCUGCACUAUGAAAGGGACCACAUUUUUCUUUAUAAAAAAUAUAUUUGUUUAAUUUUAUAGUAUGAUCACUUUCAUAACAAUUUAAUAAAAAAAUCUUAUAUGCAUAUACAUUUUUAAUCAUUUGAUAUAUUUCAUACAAACAUGAGUACCAUUUAUUGAUUAUCAUAUUUGAUAUUAUUUCCUAUGAACCAAUCAUGAUGACUUAUCUUUGGUAAGUGUAUAAGAAAUAAGACAAAACUAUAGCUACCAUACUGCAUAUAGAUGUCUUAUGGUUAUGUCAUUGGGUGUCUCUUAUUGAUGUCAGAAAUCAUUUUAUUCCUAUUGACAUUGAAGUUCCAAUAGUUAAAGUUUUCCUAUCAAGUAAGAAGGAGGCACUGUGGAUUUUUUAUCAUUUGUUGGAUACAAACUUUCUAGGAUUUCUUGGGUGAAGAUGACCCAUGAAUUUAAAUGUUCAAAGAAUUACAAAUGUUCCAUCAGGUUUUAUAAACACUUGGGCAAAACUUUGAAAUUAAAUGUCCAUGAAAAUACAAGUUACUUUCAUCAAUCCAUGAAAAUUGGUACUGAUGUAGCCACACAAAUAAAUGAAUCCACAGUAAAUGAUUGAAAAUAUGAAAUGAGAGGACAA